CACGGUUUCAUAAUAUUUAUUUCCUAUAUUAUAUUUAUCUCCUGCAUCGUUCCUGAUAAUGCUUCUGCUCACCUGGCAAAGCGACGACGACCUCUCCCUUUGUUGCACUCCUUUCACGAGGACCCUUUCUCCAUUUACUCAGAGGAGAAUACAGAACCAACAUCAGAUGACAUUGAGAGAAGAGAAUCGUUAACUUCAGAAGCAUCACCAUUACCAUCUUCUCAAGAUUAAAGGAAAAUGUUGUGCAGAAGAAACAUAAAACCCUUUUUUAUGUAAACGGAUGGUAAACUGUUUCUUUAGUCCUGUGAUUCCUAGAAAAUUUCUCUUUUCCAAAUAGGGAUAAAUUUACAAAGCAAUUUGCACCAUCUUUGGAUAUUGACAGAUCACAAAUGAUGGCAAUAUAGCAAAAGAAAUAUUUGUUACCAACGAACUAUAAAAACAGAAAUAAGAAAACUGCUAAUUUAUUAUGGUGAGAGAAAAAAUAUCGAAACAAUAUUUGAGACACAUAACCCUUUAGGUGGUUUAAACCAGCCAUAUCUGGCCCCAAAUAGUCUACCUGUUUUAGAUUAGCCUCUAUCACCCAAAAAUAAACACACACGUCAUUGAAAUUUUGAAGCUACAAUAUAAUGCAUGAUUAAUUCAAAAUUGAAUAAAUAAGCAUUGCAUUUGACAAAGUAAUCUGAAUAUUAAUGGGUUAAAAGAAUGAGUGUUUUUGUAAAAACAUGGCAAAAACAAUGCAAAAAUUAUACACCUGCAAUAUCUGUAAAAAGUCCUUUUCUAAGGCCGUUACACUCACCAAACACCGAUGCCAUUACUGCAACAUAUGUGGUAAAUCAUUCUCGCGUGCAGAUAGUUUAGCUUCACACAAAUAUAGCCACACGGGAGAAAAGAAACCAUAUAGUUGUGACAUCUGUGGUAAAUCCUUUUCUCAUAAACAUCAUUUAGCUAGACACAACUAUGUUCAUACUGGAGCAAAGCCACAUCAUUGUGAUAUCUGUGGUAAUUCAUUCUCCGAUGGGAGUACUUUAACUAAACACAAACGUAUUCAUACAGGGGAGAAACCGUAUCGCUGUGAUAUCUGUGGUAUAUCAUUCUCUCAGAUUAUUCACUUAACUAGACAUAUAACUAGUCACACAGGAGAAAAACCCUAUAAAUGUGAUGUCUGUAAUAAAUUAUUCUCUCAAGCAUAUACUUUAGCACAACAUGUACGAACCCAUACUGGUGAAAAACCAUAUCACUGUGACAUUUGUGGUGAAUCAUUCUGCCAAAACAACCUCUUAGCUGCUCAUAAGUAUAUUCAUACAGGAAAGAAACCAUAUUACUGUGAUAUUUGUGGUGAUGGAUUUUCUCAAAAAUGUGCUUUAGUUGCUCAUGGAUAUGUUCAUACAGGAGAGAAACCUUACCACUGUCAUGUUUGCGGUGAUGGCUUUUCUGAAAGAAGUGCCUUGAAUGCGCAUGCUUAUGUUCAUACAGGAGGGAAACCUUAUCACUGUGAUAUGUGUGGGAAAUCUUUCUUCUUCAGGGGUUCCUUUACCAAACAUAAACUGAUCCAUACUGGAGAAAAACCAUUUCACUGUAACAUUUGCGGUCAGUCAUUCUCUGAUAAAAGUGUCUUCAGUGAUCACAAACAGAUCCACACUAAAGGGAAGCCACAUCAAUGUGAUAUCUGCGGUAAAUCGUUCUCUCAAAGUAGAGCUUUAACCAAUCACAUACGCAGUCAUACAGGAGAGAAACCAUAUCGCUGUGAUGUCUGUGGUAAAUCAUUCUCUGUAAGAAGUUCCUUGAAAAAACACUCGCGCAUUCACACAGGAGAGAAACCAUAUCAGUGCGAUAUUUGUGGUUAUUCAUCUACUAUUGAAAGUAACAUAAUUCAACACAAACGUAUUCACACAGGAGAGAAGCCACAUCGCUGUGAUAUCUGUGGUAAAUCGUUUUCCAUUGCUAGUAACUUAAAUAGACAUAUGUACAUUCAUACAGGAGAUUCACCAUAUAAUUGUGAUAUUUGUGGUAAAACAUUCACUGUAAGUAGUAACUUGAAAGUUCAUAAACGUACUCAUACAGGCGAGAAACCUUUUCACUGUGACAUUUGUGGUAAAUCGUUCUCAGAAAAUCGGUUCUUAAAAAAACACAAGCUUAAUCACACAGGAGAACAUCCAUACCACUGUAAUAUCUGUGGUAAAUCAUUCUCAGAAAAUCGUUUCUUAAAAAAACACAAGCUUUAUCAUACAGGUGAGAAACCAUAUCAAUGUGAUAUCUGCCAUGAAUCAUUCUUUGAAAAUUGUUUGUUAAAAAACCACAGACUUAGACACACUGGAGAACCACUGUGUUUGUAGGAAAUCCUUUUCCCACUGAAAUACUUCAACAAAACAUUCAUCCUGGAUCAACUGUUGUAAAUCACUCUCUUGGGGAAAGGCUGUAUCACUCAGAUGUCUUUGAUUAAUCCUUCUCUGAUGGAGAUAUCUUCACCAGACAUGAAGAGAAACCAUGACACUGUGAUAUUUGUGGUAAAGCAUACUCAAGAGAUAGUCACUCAACUACACAACAUGUAGAGAAACUCAUGUGGUAUCAAUUGUAAAUCACUCUAUGAAAAAAAAAAAAUGUUUAUUAAUUGCAAAAGAGAAGAAUAACCUUAUUGAUGUCAAAACUCAUUCUAUGAAACCUAGAAUAUUACAAAUAUAUAUAUAUAUAUAUAUAUAUAUGUAUAUAUAAAUGAAAUUUAUAGAAAAAACAAAAAAUGAAGACAGGUGUUUGAACAACAAGCAGGUGUAUUAAGUUUGACAUUUGGGAAUAUGAAAAAUGAAAAAGACUAUGUUUCAAGCCUUUCAACCGAAAGGAAUAAGAGAGAAUUAGAAAAAUCUGUAGAUUUAGCAAUCAAGCAUGGCAACUGAUUAGAAAAGGAGGUUGGAAAAAAGGCUGAUAAUACAUUGAAGGUGACCCCCUAACUGAAAAGCGUGUGUGUGAAUGGGGAGGGGGCAGUGACUUUGUAAAGUUUUUAACAAGUCUGGGUGUGUAAGUGUGUGUGCAUCUGUAACAUGCGACUACUCAUGUGUGGUGAUACUAUUGAAGAUUGAGUGUGGUGUGGGUGCUGGGAAGUGGUCAGCACUACAGACACGAGGCAUCUAUGUAUGGAACGGAUGCAUUGCAUGCCUUCCUUUUCUAUAAUAAAUAAAUUUUGGUUUCAUGUAAAGUUAAUUAUUUAUUAUCUUAACUUUCCUAUGAAUUUAUUUUUCUGUUUCCCUCUGGGUUGUGGUUGCAUGAAUGAAUUAUGGUUUUUGAUCCCUAAACAGACACAAAAUGCAGAAAAAGAUUUGCUUCUGACUGUCCAAGAGAACACUUCUGUAAUUAGAAUGAAUUGAAUUGAUCAGCAGCUAUUAAUAAAAGGAUUGGCAUUGUAGGACCACUAAAGAAAGCAAAUAUACUUGCAUGCCUUUGGGGAAUUCAAAAGAUAGACAACUCACCUGCUGUUUUCUAGGGAGUGAAAAGAGAAAAAAAAAAAAA